AUGAAAAAGCAGCCGAUGAUCGACGCAGCCGGCGGCACCGAUCGAAUUUCAGCGCUUCCCAUCAAAAUCAUUCACAAUAUUCUGGACCGCCUGAACUCUCCAGUUCAGGUAGCGAGAACCAGCGCCUUGUCCAGAAGUUGGCUCCAAUAUUGGCGCUCGUACCCGGUGCUGGAAUUUCGCCACGAGGACUUCGCCGAUCGUCGGUGUGAUUUGGGCCAAAAGUUCCGCAGCUUCGCCGCCUCCUGGUCAAGGAGACUCUCGAUUCAUGACAAUUACGGUGUGCCGUUGGACGUUUUCAGGAUCUCGUCGCCGCCCAAUCGCGAUUUCGCUGGUGAGGAACUCACCGCGUUGCUGGCAGCGGCAGCGGCGUUGGCGGUCAGUCAUACAUUAUCGCCGACUGAGAUAGUAGUCGAAACCGGCGGGUUCCAUGAUUUCCCCGAGGGGAUGCUCUCCAAUUGCAGUCGCACCGAGGUUCUGAAGCUGAGAGGUUGCAGAUUUGGGGACGAUGGAUUCCGAAACCGCUCAGUUUCCUUCGACAGUCUUAGGGUUCUUCAUCUCCAAAAUGUCAGGGUCGAGGGAAGCGUCGUCCGCAGCUUCAUUGAUAAUGCCCCACGUCUGGAGUCACUACGUUUGGAAUCGCUCGUUGAAUUGGAGAGGCUGGAGAUCUCCGUCGAUGGUAAUCUUCCAAACUUGAAAACCCUAAAAAUUGAGCAACCGCAUUCCCUGAUUGAACUUCAGCUAGCUGCAGCUCCGAUGCUGGAGACUCUGGACAUUAAACACACAGGGCAAUGUAAGCUGAAAGUGGUAUCUUCAUCUUCAGCCCCCAGUCUCAGAGUGCUAGAAUUUAGUGACUCUAAGGGGUUUACAGAGUCUGAUCUUCAUGAUUUGAUUUCCAAGUUGCCAUCUUUGGAGUCUCUUCAUUUUGUGAUCAAGGAGUCCAGCAGCAACAGUAGAAUAAGGAUUUCGAGUGAUAAGCUUCAGCAUUUCAGGAUCGACGAUUUCCGCCCAAUGGAGGCAUUGAAGGAGCUUGAGAUUGAUGCUCCCAAUCUGGUUAAUCUCUACUACUCCAGACGUGGCUCUGGGUUGCUUGGCAAAACCAAUGUCCUUAGUGUGGCAUCGAAUUGCCAAUGUGUAGUUGAAGUGUGUGACAUUGAUUUUCGUCUACCCAUAACGUACGAAUGGUUUCUUGGAUUGAGGCAAUUCCUUACAGGGUUAAGUAAACUCCACACGGCAUUGAAGUUGGAUGGAGCAGGAUUCUUUAAGCAGGUGUCAUUCGACUUGAGCCAAGCUGAUUGCACUUCCCCUCCUCCGGUUGUUCAACAUUUACAAUUUGGGGAGAAUUCCUCGUACCAGGAUACUUUGAAGGCGUGUGCUAACCUUCUUGAUGGUCUGUUCUGGGCAUGCCGUCCUCAGUUCGUGGGUAUAACUCAACGCCUUCCGAAACAACUAAAGUACAGCUUCUUAUUUUCAGAGUACAUCUGCGGUAAGCUUAUGAACGUCGAUCCCAGCAACUGUUGUGGCAAUGGUACCUGUUGGCGGCAUCAAUUGAAAGAUGUGAAGAUAAUGAAUGGUGUUUAUGGGACUAGUGCCGGGAUGAUGGAGAUUUCAGAAGACGUGUUCUUUUCCCUUGUAGAGCGUAAAGAAGUCCGGUAUAUGUUCACUUGGUAUCAGUGA